UAAAAGUAAGAAACGUCAAAAGUUGUUCCGUGGUGGUGCACGAUCUAUGAAAAGGAAAAGUUUUUCACUCAAAUGGUUACAACAGCAGUCAAUGAAAAUUAAAUCUACUUUUCCCUGGUGAUUUGGUUUGAAAGUUAAACUUUAUUGGUGGAAAUCGGACAGCACUGCAAAAUGGAUUCACUUGGGUCAGAAAUUGGCCAGAAGAUGAGGAGCGCCGUCAAGGCAAAACUUAUCGAGCUGGGUACUGGUUCAGCAAGUGGAUACAUCGACGAUGAACUACCGGACUAUGUGAUGAUUAUGGUGGCGAACAAACGUUCCCGACAGCAGAUGAUAGAUGACUUGCAGCUGUUUCUGGGUAGUCAAACUGAAGUGUUCGUAAGUUGGCUGCACCAGGUUCUACAGAAAUUGGAGGAAGUGACGUUGCCUGCGUCUGCUGCAACCACCGGUGGAACGGGGAAACCCGUAAAGGAUUCAAGCGGAAAGCGCAAGGCUAGCGAUCAAAAGGACAAGAAGGAGAAAAAGAAAGAUAAGAAAGCAAAGAAACUGAAGGAGAAGAGCCCGGAUGCUGCUGAAGAAAUACGUACGCCUCCACACCCAGCCCCGCUGGGUGCUAGUUCUAUUCAGGAUGUGUUUGCUAAUCAGCUGAUUCAGCAAGCGAAAAUGUCACUAGAUAUUGAAGGGUCUGCUCCGAAGAAGGAUGUGAGAGAAACGACUCCUCCCUUACAAGAAAACUCUAAUUCACGAACAGAAAAUGAGUUUGAUAUUCCAACUAUUUCGGAAAUUGCUGGGCAGAGUGCGCUGCAAAAACAUCAGAAAGAAUUGUGCGAGCUGGAGGAAAUUCAACAAAGAAUUAAACAAGCAAAAAAGCAGCUUAAAGCGAUGGGUUCCGAUGAGUCGGAAGAUGAGGACUUUCUAAACAUUAAGGCUAACGAUGAUGAUUUGGAGAAUAUCGAGGAUGGUGGUAUUGCCCAAGCUAAGAGGAAGGAGAAACUGAAAGCAAUCGUUGAGUCGGAAAAACGUGAGGAACCUGAGGAAGAACUGCGCAGUGAUACGCCUCCACCACCGGUUGCAUUGACGGCAAAAAAGAAAUCUGUUAUGGAACGCUUGGGAACGCGUCCAGAUCCUAAAGCGACCUCAGAAGCGGCGGCUCCUGAGCCUGUUACAAACAAAGGAAAUAUUAUAAGCCUUUCGGCUCAUCGAAGGGAAGAACGGGAAUUGUACGUUCCAGUUUUUCGUCGAAAAGAAAUGGAAGAACAGAAGGCUAAGGCUAGAGAGGCCAAAUCUGCUAGGCCCAAUAAAAGUCGGAGUCGUGAGAGAGACCGGCGACGCUCUCCUCAAAGUUGGCCGGUUCGACGGGAGAAUAAUCGGGAUCAAUCUCGGAGCAGGCGUGAGCGUGAAAGGGAGAGGGAACGGGACAGAGCUAAGAGUCGCGAACGAGGUCGUGAACGGGAUCGUGAGCGAGAACGAGAACGUGAGCGCGAACGGGAACGGGACAGAGGCCGUUUGGCUGGUAAAGUGAGCAACGGAACUGACAUGCGAACUCGAAUCGGUUCUCGAGUAAUUGUUCUUCCCCCGAAACCGGAAUACAUGGAAGAAGAUGAGCUGGAAGUUCCGAUUCCAAGCGUGGUGAAAAUUCAGCCCCGUCCUCAGAUACCGAAAAACAAGCAACCUAGCAAAAAUCUCCUUUUAAAAGCCAUGGCCGAAGCGCAGCGUUCGACGACAGCAAAUAUAAAGAAAACGAUAAGCAAUCUAGAGGAAACUCCCUUGCGGCAUCGCCGAAUGUUGAUUGAAAUUCCGGGGGCGAAGGCAGAGGAUUUGCAGCCGAUAGCUGUUGGUUACAAUGAUGAUGACGAUGAAGAUGAGGACAUUGUAAAUCAUGUUCUCGGCGGUGACGACGACGAGGAUGAUGAAUUGCAGCGAAUUCUGGCUAACGCCAAUGACGAAUAUAUACCGGAACCAGUGUCCAUGUCGAUGUCCGGUCGAUCAGACACCGAUAGCGAUGAAUACGUUUAUGUACCCUCUGCAAAACUGUCUGAUCAUGUUGUCUCCGAAUCGCUCGAAGAAUAUGACCCCAAGGAGGUCGCUAAAAAUCCUAAGUUUGUUGUCACGUUAGAUGGCGGGUCGUACAAAAAAACCUCUCGCGUUUCUCCUAGUCACACGCCACCUCCCCUAGCAAAACCGAAACUUUCCAUUAAAGAUCGAAUCGGUGUCAAAGUAUCCCCAAGCAAAGCAGAAAGAAACGCUACUCCGCCAAAGGAGCACAAAAGCGAUGAUCAUGUCCAUCAGGAAACUCUCAAACGACGCAAGGAACGCUUCAGUGUAAGAACUCCUUCGAAGGAUGCUGGCAAACAGCGGGAUGGUGCAUCAAAAAGCCCACCGGAAAAGCGAUCCAAAUCAUCAUCCGCGUCGAAAAAGUCCAGUCCUGCCAAGCGAGCCAAAUCGGCUCGUGCAUCCAGUUCUAAUUCGAAUAAAAAAACGUCACCGAGUCGAGAUUUGAACGAAUUGCUACUACAGCGCACUAAAGAAUUGUUGGUAGAUGACAGUGUGUCCUCCUCACCCAUCUACAUGUCUAAGACGGAUUACGAGAAAAUCGAGCCCAAUUCGUCGUCCCGCAAGCGGAAGCGUGUGUCGCCUAUUCAGUUUGCGCUCACCGAUGAAGAAGCGGAUGAUACUGAUGGGGAGUACAAUCACCAUCGAGAUCGUGAGCUACGGGAGAGAAAAUCGGUGGAACGAGCCGGCAGUGUGGAUGAGGAUAGCGUUGGUAGUAGGCAGGAUCAGCGGAAGGAGCGCGAGAGUGAACGAAGAGGGAAUGACGACGAGAGGAGGAAAAGUGGUGGUGCGGAGGAAAAUGGUGGAACCGCUGCUAGUGCUGAACCAAAAACUCCGACAAAGAAAAUUAGGAAAUUGGAAUCGAGCAGAAAAUUCGAUGACAUACCACAAUUGCUCAGCUCCGUUUCGGUUCCUUCGGAUGGACUGUCCAAGAGCAAGGCCACCAUUAAAGAACGCUGCAAGUACUUUCCACUUUGUCGUCAGGGCGACUCCUGUGAGUUUCUACAUCCGAGCACUAUUUGUAAAGCGUUUCCGGCAUGUAAAUUCGGUGACAAAUGUAUUUAUCUACAUCCGUUUUGCAAAUACGACAAAACCUGCCAUCGGCUGGAUUGUAACUAUAUGCACACGAAACCGCUUGCAAGCCACGGAUUGGGUCCUAGUGGACCGUCAGCCCCUCCAUUGGCUUCCUCGGUAGUUCCGGUUUCGAACUACAUAUCCAUAAGUGCUAAACCCCUUCCAAUGAUGUGUAAAUACUAUCCAGGCUGCACGAAUGGGCUGUGUCCGUACUACCAUCCGAAGAUGUGCCGCUUUGGGAAGCACUGCAUGAACAAGGUGGAAUGUAAUUUCUACCAUCACGAGCUGCCUGGCGGUGGCAGCGGUCUUGGAGAAUACCACGAGGCACCGCCGAAGGACAAGUUCAAGUGGAUCUCUCCAUUCUCGGCUUAGUGCGAGUGUUUUUUUCUUUUCGAUAUUUUUAAUGGGUUCAUUUGGAACUUAGCGCUGUCACUUAUUCUACCGGUACCUCUAUUUCUAACGGUAUCAAUGUAUUCAAUUGACACACACACACAUACUGAAAUGCAUACAUACAUGCUAGUUUCUAAGGUUAUUUGAUGUGUUUCUAUUGUUUUUGUAGUUCUAAGCUAGAGGUAUUUAUUUUGAUUUGCCUGCUUUUGACAUAGCAAACAUUACGCAUACAGUAGUGCUCCCUCUCGAAAGAGAAGCGUGAGUUUAGAGUCAAAAUUAGAUCAUUGUUCUGUUGGUCUGUUCGAGGAGCCCGCUAGAUGAAAACAUUUCUAUUGUGGCUUAACAGAGUCUCAUAUAGAUGUAAAUAGUAACACUUGGAGCAAGGAAAUUGUGUCACAGAAGAAUAGUUUGAAAAACAACUGAUUUUGUUUUGGGCGAGAGUAGGAUUAAAAAAUAAACAAGAAAAUGCUCGUUGCUGGUGUGAACAACGGAUAAAUGUUUCAUUAUCGAUUACAACCCAAGAAAAUCAUGAACAGAAGAAGCAGUGAACUUUUAUGUUGCAAUUAAGUUACGACAUCAUAACAAGUGCUAGAGUUUUGAUAACAAAAAUUUUGUUUGACAAAAA